AUGGCAUUCCAGAAGACAAAUCUUUCUGCUAGAGGCGAGGUCUUUGCUGAGCCGAAGAGUAAGAUCCAGUUAUUGGAAGUUGUCUGCGACCUGAGGCACCCGGAAACGAAUCCAGGCGGGUAUAUUAGUCUGGGCGUUGCUGAGAAUACCUUGAUGCACGAUGAGAUAACCGAGCAUAUGAACCAGAAUUUUGCCGUCGACAGCCAUUCUUUAACUUAUGGAGACGGCUUUUCCGGCUCCUAUCGCCUUAGAGACACGAUUGCACAGUUCAUCACUCGCCAAUUCAACCCCGUCAACCCAGUUACCAACAACCAGCUACUUGUCACCUCUGGCGUGGGCCAGGCAAUUGAGCUCUCCGGGUUCUGUCUCCUGGACAAAGAUGACGGCGUCCUGCUAGCUCGCCCGCACUAUGGCAAUUUUCCAAUUGAUUUGGGCUACCGAGUCGGAGCCAAGAUAAUCGGUGUCUCUUUUGGUGAAAUGGAUCCUUUCGGUCCUGAGACGGUGGGCAUCUAUGAGAAGGCUCUUGCGGAUGCCCAACGCCGAGGGAUUCGCGUCAAGGCCUUUUUGCUAUGUAACCCGCAAAAUCCCUUAGGCCGUUGCUACACUCGAGAGGUCCUCGAGAUCUAUAUGCGAUUCUGUCAAAAGCAUAAUCUACAUCUUAUCGCCGACGAGAUUUAUGCUCUAUCAACUUGGAAGAACCCAGACUUUCCCGAUGCCCCUAGCUUCACAUCAGUUCUUUCUGUCAAGAAAGAAGGUCUGAUUGACCCAAGCCUCGUGCAUGCCCUUUGGGGAAUGAGCAAGGACUUCGGGUCCAAUGGAAUUAGACUUGGCUGCGUGAUCAGUCAGGACAAUGUGAACUUCCUCCGUGCUGCUGAAGCAAACUCCUAUUUCUCUUGCCCUUCGUCUCUGUCAGACUUGGCCACCUCACGUAUCCUCUCUGACGAUGCCUGGGUGGAAUCCUUUAUACAAACAAAUCGCCAGCGCCUAGCGGAAAACUAUACCAUCACGAUCCGGUUUUUGGAAAGCCAUCAGAUCCCUUACAAAAAGGGUGGGAAUGCUGGCGUCUUUGUUUGGGUUGACUUAUUUGAUCCUAUCCGAAGACAAGUGAAUGCCACUUUGAAAAAGCAGGCAGAGGCAAGCGUGUCAUCUGAAAAUGCCGCAAGGGCUCUCGAGACUAAACUCCAAGAGAAGCUGCUGAAGCACAGAAUCUUCCUAGCCCUGGGAGCUGACUUUGGGGGCGAUGUGUCUGGCUGGUACCGGAUCGUGUUCGCUCAUGAAAAGGAGUAUCUCAGGCUGGGCUUAAACCGUAUAGUUGAGGCUCUUGAAGGCUUCCGAUGCGAACUUGACACAGGUCUAGCAUAA